AUGGACCUUCAAAAGACAAAGGAAGCCCAUCACACGGCGGGCAAGAAAGAAGAGGGGACAGAAUGCCCCUUAGAGCCAUACAAAGGAAAUAGCCAUUCAAAGAAUUCGCCGAAGAAUGAUUCCCUAGGCCACCAUUCAGAGACGAACAAGGCAAAUGAAUCUGCAAGUGGAGGUCAUCGACCGCAGAAUGGUGAACUGUAUACUCCAGACUUAGAUCAAGCUACAACGCCUUUGUCGACCGCAUCCGCUCCUUCAAUCGCACACUCCGAUCUAUCUUCUACAUCAUCGAGGGCGAUUGAGAUACCUCCGUCCCUAUAUCUUAGUUCCAGGGAUGCAGUACUGUUAGCGUCGGCCAAUAUGAACCCUCCGGUCACCAAGGGCACGCUGAGCGAACUGGACCUACCCUGCAUUAUGAACAACAUUAAUCUACGUAUUGAUGCCAACUUCGACCGCGAUCUUCACUUUAAGCCUGACUGUGAUGGUGAGAAGGGCAGGAAGAAACGAAAGGAUGCUGCAGACUACUGGGAAGCAAUGGCUGUUGAGAUUGGUAUCUACGCUUUCAGUGCCUCGUGUGGAGUGGAAAAUCAGGCCCGGCCUGGGUCUCGAGACAAACGACGAACCUUUGAACCCCGGCUUCCUGCAUUAUUCGAAACUUUGCAAGACGUCCUCAAGACACUUGUCCCAGAGCGCGACCACCCAAGUAUCAUGCAGAACCUUGAAGUUGCUCUGCUGAUGCAACAAAUUCAAAAGGGUGUGCUUGACAUGGUCGGAGUUGCCAAGUGGCUUGCAUCGCUCCUCAAGACACAUUGCGCCCCAAUGCGCGAUGAUUGGGCGGAUAGCAUGGUUGAACAAAUCACGUCAGGCUCACAGUCUCAGAAUCCUAGUGAGAUAGUCCGUGGUCUCCAUACUCUGUUCGGUAUCCUGGAGGCUAUGAAGUUGGAUGUUGCCAACCACCAGAUACGGGCAUUUCGUGUCCUUCUCAUCGAAGAUACCAUUCCCUUUCUGCAGACUUACUUCAAGAGCAAGAUCGAAAGGGACAACUUCCACGUGGAGUCCUCUAGGCAGUGGUAUCUGAACCUCCGGGAACAAGAGCUGCGCAGGAUGAAGGACCCAACACAAACGGACGGCUUUUGGCCACUUUCGCUUCUUCUCCAGGGUUUGAGCGAGUUUCUACUGCAAUUUGAUAAUCCCGAGGGGUUUCCCGAGACCUUUAUCUUUGACUCUGACCGCUUGUGGGGCUUACGAGCGUGUUUGCAAAACACCAUCAACCUCGAAAUCUGCUGGUAUAUUCUUGAGCGUUAUGUGCAGUCUCAUAAGCGGCAUAUCCCCUCCCCUGAGCGGACAGGUACCACUUUUCGCUCUCGGGUCGGAACCCUAAUGGAGGAAAACGAGGACUGCGCUCGUGGGUCGCCUCGAUGGUUGAAGAACGUGCGCAGCAUUGCUUUGGAGAUCGCCCGGUUUGCCAACAUGGCAUGCUGUGGCGAUGUCAGAAUUGAGGACGAUGUCAUUGAGCGGAUGUUAGAGUGGAAUCUGUCGAACGAUGGUGACUUGUUUCGAGCCUCUCGGGAUAUACUCAGGCAAAAGCUGCGUUAUUCAACCUUUGGUUUAGCCAAAAGAUACCUCAACAUGUCACCGCUGGCUAUCUGCGAGGCACAGCGACACUCUCCCCACGGGUCCUUUGACCAACAACACUACGACAUUGAGCGAAUUUCAACGCGGCUAGCACAUAUUGCUGUGCUGCACUGGAGAGUGUGGGCACCUAUCCUCUAUGUUCGCGAGAGCAUGCCGCCAACUGGCGGGUCGAUGUUUCAAGCCGAACAUGAGCAGGCGUUCGAUCAUCUUCCCUUUUAA